CUCAGCUUACGAACAUCUCGUACUGGGAGCCCCACCAUGGCAGCUUUAUUGUCGCCCUCUCCAGCUGCGAAAAAGCUGCUGGAUAUCGCGAAUUGUCUCCAAAUCGUGUGAUCAGUCUCGAAUUUCCUUCGUGACGUCACAAGGGGCAUCUAGGAAAGAAGGGAAGCUCAAUCAGCAUGGCUGCUCGCGUCAAGGAAGUGCUCAAGCGCUACGGCCGCACCGCCUUCCUCUUCCACUCGACAGUCUUUGCUUCAACGCUCGCGGGCUCGUACGCUGCCAUCAAUCAGGGCAUUGAUCUACAGGCGAUUGCCAAGCGCGUCCCCUUCGUGGACCUGUCCAGUAUCGACCCAGAUGCUGGCACGCUGGCACUCGCCUACUUAUCGACCGUAGCGACGGGCCCGGCCCGAGGUGCGCUCACUAUCGCCGCGUCGCCCAUUCUCGCGCGUCUGCUGGCCCGUAGCCGCCAGCUCACUAAAAUGUAGAAGAGAAGCAGUAUUUCAGCAGCUUAAUGCACCUUCUUACCUUCCUUUUA